AUGGUGAGGCGACUGGACCAGCUGGUGGCACUGCUCGUGGUGCUGACCCUGCAAUGCCUGCUCACCGGAGCCCUAGAGGUUUACAUCACCGUGCGACCAAACAAAAUCAAAUGCUUAAAGGAGUCAAUUAACAAAGAUACCCUCGUGGUAGGGAAAUUCAAAACAGACAACAGGAGUUCACCCAUCUCUAUAUUCAUAUACGACAUGGACAUAAACGAAAGGACUUUUAACUUCCAGAAAAAGUUGCCAAUCUUUGAAACGAUUAAUGAUCACGAUGUUAAGACAGCCUUUACGACGUUCUACUCUGCGUCCUACUCCUUCUGUGCAUAUAACAGUACGAACAAAAUUUUGGAUGUGUUUUUCGAAAUAAAGCACGGCGUAGAGGCAAGGGACUAUGCACAAAUAGCCAAAUCGGAACACCUGAAUGAAGCAACCAUGCAUUUGAAGCAAAUCGUUGACCAAAUGAAUAACUUCCACUUGAAUUUGAAACGGAUUAAAGCGUCGGAGGAGAAUGAGAAGAAGUCCAGUGACAAGCUCAAUGACACCUUGAUGUGGUUCUCCCUCAUGAACAUUUUAAUUAUUAUCGUAGCCGCGAUCAUCCAGGAUUUCUACUUCAAGCGGUUUUUCACCUCCAAGAAGAUUAUAUGA